AUGGCUGAGCCAGUCUACAACGCUUCGACGCCGGAGAGCGGGGACCCGACCAAAGUAGAUGUGAACGCACAAUAUGCCGGAUUCGAGUACAAUUACGUUUACAUUGUCACUUGUAUAUUCAUCGUCUUUCUCAUUCUACCGGGUAUUGGGAUGCUGUACAGCGGUUUGACACGGAGGAAAUCUGCGCUGGCGCUACUCUUCCAGUCUUUCAUGGUUCUUGCGGUAUCCACGUUCCAGUGGCUCUUCUGGGGCUAUUCACUCACCUACUCCAGAGAUGGGGGUCCAUUUAUCGGUACUCUGAAGAACUUUGGGUUGAUGGAUGUGCUGGUGGCACCCUCACCUGGCUCCGCUGUGCUACCAGAAGUUGUCUUCUGUUUAUUUCAGCUUCUGUUUUGCGCAUGCACAGUAAUGAUCGUCGUGGGCGGUGCAUUUGAAAGAGGUGGUAUCGUACCGUCAUUAAUUUUCAGCUUCUUCUGGGCAACUAUCGUCUACUGCCCUUUGGCCCGGUGGACAUGGAGCAGCAAUGGAUGGUUAUACAACCUACCAGCCAUUGAUUUUGCUGGCGGCGGUCCGGUGCACAUCGCUUCCGGCUGUUCAGCAUUGGCGUACGCUUUGGUGUUGGGGAAGCGUAGAGAUUAUGGGGAGCCUUCGACCCGCAAACCGCAUAAUCCCACUUUGGUUUUCCUCGGCACCGUCCUUAUUUGGACGGGAUGGUUGGGGUUCAAUGGAGGCUCAAGUCUCAAUGCCAGUAUGCGCGCUAUGGUUGCCGUCUUCAACACCAACACGGCCGGAUGUACGGGGAUCCUCGGAUGGGUGCUGGUUGAUAUGAUCAAGUAUAAGGGGAAAUUCACCCUUGUUGGUGCCUGUGAAGGUGCCAUUGCUGGCUUAGUCGGGAUAACCCCAGCGGCUGGCUGCGUAUCUCUGUGGCUCGCGGCGUGCAUUGGCUUCAUUACGAGCGUUGUAUGUUCCUCCCUCCAGAACGUGAACGAGUGGAUCCACGUCGACGAGGGCAUGGACGUCUUCAAGCUUCAUGGUCUCGGCGGUAUGGUGGGUGCUUUCCUGACGGGGUUGUUUGCAAGCGAAAAGAUCUCAGCGCUGGAUGGCAGCACCCUGUCACCUGGAGCCAUUGAUGGAAACGGAGUUCAGGUUGGAAAGCAGCUGGCGGAGAUCUGCGCUAUCUCUUUGUACUCCUUCGUCGUGUCCUACAUCAUGCUUCUCAUCCUCAAAUACAUCCCCGGCCUGGAAUUUCGGGUGAAUGACGAGGAUGAAAUGCUAGGACUGGACCAGACCAAGUUUUUUGAUGAGCAGAUUGGUGAUUGGUCCAUGACGGCUCAUGGCGCAGCUACACCAACCCUAGUAGGGGUGUCAAAAGAUUUCUCCCCUUCCGUGACCGAGUGCGGAGAGAGAAAAGCCAGCGACAUAUAA